UAGACCAGCAAAAAGCUUUUGACUAUGUGGAUCAUACUUUUCUACAACUAGUCCUUGAAAAGAUGAACUUUAAUCUGAAAUUUAAAAAUUUGGUAGGGAAUCUAUUUACCAUGCUUUCAGAGCUGUUCAGAGUUGGAAAAGGGGUUUAUAAAGACAUUCAAGGGGUUGGGAGCUUAUCAGACUGGCUAGAGAUAUAUAGACUGUUUGAUCUAUAUGAAAGAGCCUCAAGUGCAAGAAUUAACAAUCAGAAAACACAAAUUGUUCCACUAACAAUAAUAGCAAGAAGAGCAAACCUUCUGGACAUAAUCGAUUUUAAGGUUAUAGAAGAAUCUGAUACCUUUAAGUUACUAGGAUAUGAAAUAUAUGCAAAUGGGCAACCAAAAAAGAACUUAUGGCCAUCAACUAUCACCAAACUCAAAGACAUACUUUCCAAACUCAUAGCAAGAAAUCUUUCCUUCAAAGGAAGGAUCCUAAUCGUGAAAUCACUAAUACUUUCUCGCAUCUGCUCUAUGGACCAAGGAGAACUCCAAGAUGCUCCCAAGUAG